AAAAGUAUCAGCAAGCUAGCGACUAUCACGUCUACCACCUACUAAAACACAUUUGGAACAUUUAAAUAAGUUACGUGCCGCAAGCUAGCGGGAGGUCGCAGAAUGGUCGUCUUUGCUUGAUGCCAUUUGGGGAUUCACCUCCAACUGACCCACUGAGUAACGCUGCCACCCGCAGCUGGAUGUGGCAGGUUCGCCAUCAGAUUGCUGAUUGAACGUUCCUUGUGAAACGGCAUCACUGCUUGAUGACCACUGGAUAGUUUUGAACCAUUCCUGAGUCCACCUGCAUCCCAAUUGGACACUUGGGCACAGCAGUUGUUUUAACCAUUUCAACGUGUUUCUGUUCCCCAACAUUGAUUCAUAUAUUUUUGGACAUUUUGGAGACCCCUGGAAAACAACUCCUCUCAGACCAUGCUUUGUCUUUUUUCCCCCAAGGUUUCACUUGAAUAUUGCUGAAUGAUGAAAAAUGCACCAUUUAACUGACAAAUACCACAACAGCAGUGCAGUCACAUGCUCUGCUCACACACACUUUGCCAGUCCAUGAACUUGACUUUUCUGUCUAUAAAGACCAACAAUACCCACUGAGUAAAAAAUCAAUUUUAAAUGCAACUUCCACCGCUUGUUUUCUUUUUUUCCCCCCUGUGAUCCACUGUAACUUUUCUUCAGAGGACUGACCACCUCCGAAAACUGAGCAGCUCUACUCCAACUAAGCCCGCUCACAGACAUGGCUCUGAAUAGUGCCUCAAUACGUGACACAAAAUGGCUGACCCUGGAAGUGUGUCGGCAGUUUCAGAGGGGGACUUGCUCACGUAGUGAUGAAGAGUGCAAAUUUGCCCACCCAUCUAAAAGCUGCCAAGUGGAAAAUGGGAGAGUGAUUGCAUGUUUUGACUCUUUAAAGGGGCGCUGUACACGCGAGAAUUGCAAGUACCUACACCCACCCGCUCACUUGAAGACCCAGCUGGAGAUAAAUGGGCGCAAUAAUCUGAUCCAGCAGAAGACAGCAGCUGCCAUGUUGGCGCAUCAGAUGCAAUUUAUGAUUCCUGGCACCACAAUGCAACCUGUGCAGACCUUUCCUGUAAGCCAAGGUCUAGGCUCCAGUGCAGCUUUUAGCUACACACCAUACCUGACCCCCAUGUCACACAGCAUGGGGCUGGUACCCACAGACAUCCUGCCCAGCACCCCCGUGAUCGUCCCAGGCAGCCCUCCUGUGUCGUUGGCCACUGCCACCUCCACCAAUCAAAAACUGCUGCGAACAGACAAGCUGGAGGUCUGUCGUGAGUUCCAGCGGGGCAACUGUGCUCGCGGAGAGACCGACUGCAGAUUUGCCCACCCAUCUGACAGCCCGAUGAUCGACACCAGUGACAACACAGUCACCGUCUGCAUGGACUACAUCAAGAGCCGUUGCUCCCGGGAGAAGUGCAAGUACUUCCACCCGCCAGCCCAUCUACAGGCGAAGAUCAAGGCAACUCAACACCAGGCCAACCAGACAGCAGUGGCCGUGCAAGCAGCCACAACAUCAGCAGCUAUGACUCAGUCGACUGCCAAAGCAAUGAAGCGACCCCUCGAAGCAACUGUAGACCUGGCAUUUCCCCACAGCGUCCUUCAGCCACUACCAAAAAGAGCGGCACUGGAGAAGAGCAACGUUGCGAACUCCCUAUUUAACCCCAGCGUCUUGCACUACCAGCAGGCACUGGCCAACGCACAGCUCCAACAGCCUACUUUCUUUCCCACAGCAGGGUCAGUCCUGUGCAUGACACCUGCUAGCAGUCUUGUCCCUAUGAUGUACAGUGCUACGCCUGCUACUGUCUCUGCAGCAACAACUCCGGCCACAAGUGUCCCCUACGCAGCAACAGCCCAAGCCAAUCAGAUCAUCCUGAAGUAAGUGCCACAAAAGAACCAGCGCAUGAAGGACCUGCACUCAGAAACCCAAAACUGCCCGCGUGUAAAUACUAUCUUACGUCUCCCAUAGAGGUCCAGCAACCUGCAUGCUAAAAGUGUAACACAUAACUGCAUUUAUUCCAGUGUCAGCUUAACACACAAGCACCAUACUGUAUUUAUUUUUAGAAAAAGUGACUAGAAAAGUCCAUGUUAUUGGUAAUUAUUUGUCAUACACACAGAAUAGAAACACCACAGUGGUUAUUUUAAACGCUUUCUAAUUUUUACACAAUUUCUGUCCUUGGGUAGUCAAGAAAAAAAAAACAAUAUAGUUGAUUUGCACUAUGACAUAUGGUGCACUCUAUUGUAAUGGCAGACAGGAGAUCCUAGAAAACUUGUAAUCACACUGACAGUCACACUUUAAUGGCUGCAAGUGUUUUUUCGCCGUAUGGCGUUCGUGUCGCUCUCCUCAGCAGUAAAAUGUGACAGCUCAUUGGGGUCCCCGCCCAUGCUGUAUUAGCCCCAGAUGCCAUAUUCAAGUGUGACCUGCAUCCUAUCAACCCUGGAAGCAUUUUGCAAAAGUCCGACCUGGAGAAGAUGUUUUUCUUCCAUUUCCCAAAGCUGCUUGGAACACUACCAACAACACAGCGCUGACUUGUGGAGGUGCUGGCUUCUUCAUUCAGGUGGGGGAUGGGAGCCGGGCACAGGCGUUGUGCAGGUCCAGGGGUUGAUGCCGGUUAUUUCCAGACAUACUGCACCAAGCCAUGUUUGUUUGUGUGUGUGUGUGUGUGUGUGUGCACGAGAACAGAUAGUCUGCCGGCAGACAUGGGAGCAUCGUGGAGUUAAUGAUAGUGACAGCAACAACAUCGCAUGGCUUUUUAAGUGCUAAACCAAACGGUGCAUUUGGCAGUACUUAAGACUUGAACUCGGAGUGCGACCCGCAUCUGACCCAACCGUCGCCUCCAAUUUGGUUUCAUCCUGUUGAAGUGCCUAAAAAUGCUCACCUACCACAUCCCCAGUCAAUCACGGCCAGUCAUAAAAAAGCUGGUCUCACCUCUGGUGUUGGGGGGGGGGACUUUUUCUACCAACUGUCCAUUGACAUCACAAGUGUCUUUCUGGAACUCUGACUAGCUUUCAUGACGUACUAUCAGUUUACAAGAGGAGAAUGAGUGAGAAUGGGGGGGACUUGUCAUGUAUAUACAGUAUGUAGUUUACAUUCUGAUUAAGGAAUUGUUUAAAGUUUGUGCUCUGUGUGCUCGUAUGUAUAUCUGGACACCAAGUCCACCUGCACUUCAAGCAAGUCAAGAUCAUGUAAUGUUCUUGUUUUUAAAAAAAUGGCAUAUUUCAUCGUUUAAAAUGUUUUUUUAAAACCCUUUUACUGUUGUUUUAGCCUCAAACAAAUGUUAUUUCACGGUGCUUGACAUUGACAAUCCACAAACCUUAGGUUUCAUUCUCCUUGAUUGUCUUCAUGCAUUUUGUUGUUUUCUUUUCUUACAGGGGGUGUAAAACUUUUUAUUUUGUUGUAAUUUAUGUUUGUAUUAACAUAACUAUGUUGUAAAUACAUUUGAAAUGAAUGUAACUUAUUGAGCUGUGCCACGCCGUGCAUAGUUGGUGAUGUAGAGGUGGAAGCUUCCAUGUCCAUUCUUAGACUGAUGGAAGCUACUGGACCUUUAUGGCCUUCUUGCUAUAAAGCCGGGGGGAUUGUGUUGCAGAAGUGAGAGUAGUAAUAGAGGUGCUUAUGUUGGAGAAAAAAAAUGUGUAUUGUAUAGAUGACAUUUUACCCAAAAAAUAAAGAUGUACUUUUCA